GCAAUUCAUUACUUAUUCGAAUCUCCACCAGAAGGUAGGAGUCAAGAGAACGAAUAUUGGAUAUUAAUAACCGGUUACUGUUAAAGAAGGGUUGCUGUAUGGCGACUGACAAGAGGUAUAGCACUUUUAUUUUGUUGCGUUUUUUUUUUUACCACUAAUUGCUGUGGUUUAACUAAUAUAGGGAAAUGGCCUCAGAACGGAUCAUUAUUUUACCCAAUUUUAGAAGGUGCCCUUAAACAAGAUGGCAACCUCAGGCGCGUUAACAAGGUGCUGAAGCAGCAGCGAUGUAACCUGUUGCUUGGACACCAGGCUGGAGUGGGAGGACUCACCGCUAAGGGUUCAGAACCGAUUUUCAACCAGUCACGCCCUUCUCAAAGAUGGCCGACCUCACUUCCCUUACGCAACAUGGACGUUUUCAGUCACUUCCUGUGAUUUUGAGGUUAUUCUGAUCCAGGACUACUUGCAUGACCAAAGCCAAGAUGGCAGUUCCGCCAUGGAGUCAUAGUUGCAGCUGACUCCAGGGCUACAGCGGGUGCUUACAUUGCCUCCCAGACGGUGAAGAAGGUGAUAGAGAUCAACCCAUACCUGCUAGGCACCAUGGCUGGGGGCGCAGCGGAUUGCAGCUUCUGGGAACGGCUGUUGGCUCGGCAAUGUCGAAUCUAUGAGCUUCGAAAUAAGGAACGCAUCUCUGUAGCAGCUGCCUCCAAACUGCUUGCCAACAUGGUGUAUCAGUACAAAGGCAUGGGGCUGUCCAUGGGCACCAUGAUCUGUGGCUGGGAUAAGAGAGGCCCUGGCCUCUACUACGUGGACAGUGAAGGGAACCGGAUUUCAGGGGCCACCUUCUCUGUAGGUUCUGGCUCUGUGUAUGCGUAUGGGGUCAUGGAUCGGGGCUAUUCCUAUGACCUGGAAGUGGAGCAGGCCUAUGAUCUGGCCCGUCGAGCCAUCUACCAAGCCACCUACAGAGAUGCCUACUCAGGAGGUGCAGUCAACCUCUACCACGUGCGGGAGGAUGGCUGGAUCCGAGUCUCCAGUGACAAUGUAGCUGAUCUACAUGAGAAGUAUAGUGGCUCUACCCCCUGAAAGAGGGUGGAUGCAGCUGCUUGUGUUUCUUGGGGUGACUGUCAUUGGUAAUACGGACACAGUGACCCAUCCUCCAUCCUAUUUAUAGUGGAAGGGCCUUCAAUUGUAUCAGUACUUUUUUUUAAGCUCUGGCACAUUGACCUCUAUGUGUUACCAGUCGUUAAUGAGCUGCUGCAGAGGUGACUAUUUGUUUUACUUUCUUGGAUGUUAACAUUACACUACUCACUACUCAA